CAGGCAGGGCAGGGCAGGCAGUGGUGCUUUAUAAUACAUUUGGUGCAGUUUAUUGUGUAUGGAUUUUGAUGGACCCACCAGAGGUUGCCUGGAAGGGUCAGGCAAAGCAACCAGACCCACAAAUGAAGGGUGGAAGCUGCCUCCCCCUUUCUUGACUUCUGCUGAGAACGCAAGAGUCUCCCACAGGCUGCCCAGCUUCUCUCGGGAACAAACAGAUUCAGAUUCAGGCUCUCUGACAUGGAGCUGGUCCCUCCUUCACUGUUGCUGCUGUUGCUGCUGCUGCUGCUGCUCUGGGUCUCCUUCAGGUUGAACGGGAGGAAGAGAGGAAUGAAAGGCCUCCUGCCCCCUGGGCCCACCCCACUCCCCAUCCUGGGGAAUUUUCUCCAGCUGGACCGGAAGAAUCUGGUCCAGUCCCUGAUGAAGAUGGGCGAGGAGUACGGGCCAGUGUUCACUAUCUUUCUGGGACUGCGGCGGGUUGUGGUCUUGUGUGGCUACCAAGCCGUGAAGGAGGCCUUGGUGGACCAGGCAGAGGAGUUCAGUGGGCGAGGGCAGCUGCCCGCCUUCUCCAAGGACUUCAACCACCAUGGGAUUGUGUUUGCCAACGGACAGCGCUGGCAGCAGCUCCGUCGCUUCUCCCUCACCAUUUUGAGGAACUUUGGGAUGGGCAAGAGGUCCACUGAAGAACGGAUCCAGAAGGAGGCCCAGUGCCUGGUGGAAGAGCUCCGGGAGACAGAAGGGACACCCUUUGACCCCACCUUCCUCCUUAGCCGAGCUGUCUCCAACAUCAUCUGCUCCAUUGUGUUUGGGAAUCGGUUCAAGUACAACGAUGAAAAAUUCCUCAGGUUGAACAAGCUGAUAACGGAGCGCUUCCGCAUUGCAAGCUCAACCGAAGCCGUGCUGUACAACAUCUUUCCGGAGAUCAUGGAGAAGAUCCCUGGAGCGCAUCACGCAGGCCACAGGUUGUCUCAGCAGAUCAUCAGCUUCAUAAAGGAGAGGAUCCAGAUGCAGCAAGCCUUGCUCAAUCCUUGUGCCCCCCAAAAUUAUAUUGAUUGUUUCUUGGCAAAGAUGGAGCAGGAAAAGCACAACCCGAAUUCUGAAUUCUGCAUGGAGAAUUUGGUGAUGGCCACUUUCAAUCUGUUCUUUGCUGGCACAGAAACUAUCAGCACCACCCUGAGAUUCGGCUUCCUCAUCCUGAUGAAGCACCCGCAGGUCCAAGAAAAGCUCCACGAGGAGAUCGACCGAGUGAUCGGGACUGGCCGCUCGCCCUCAGCGAAGGACAGGAGGCAGAUGCCCUACACGGAGGCAGUGCUGCAUGAGAUCCAGAGGUUCAGUGACAUUCUGCCCAUGGGUCUCCCCCAUGCCGUCACUCGAGACACUCGCUUCAGGGGAUAUGCCAUCCCAAAGGGGACCUACGUCUACCCUUUACUCAGCACGGUGCACUACGACACUGAGCAUCACACGGGCCCUGAGCUGUUUGACCCCGGGAGAUUCCUGGACAGUCGUGGCCGUUUCAAGAGGGCAGAUGCCUUCAUGCCUUUCUCAGCAGGGAAGCGGCUGUGCCUGGGCGAGGGCCUGGCCCGAAUGGAGUUGUUCCUCUUCCUCACCACCAUCCUGCAAGCCUUCACUCUCACGUCACCAGUGUCCCUGGGUGAGAUCAGCAUUGUGCCCGAUGCCAGUGGCGUCAGCCGUGUGCCCCUGAGAUACCAGCUCUUGGUGGCACCACGCCAAGCUUGAUAGUCUGCUUUACCCAGGUAGUUUCCCCUCUGUCACACUCUUCAAAUGCCCAGAGGGUGGGAGGCUGCAAGUUCCUUCAGCAGGGCAAUAUAUUUCGGAGCGAGUUCCUGUGACAGGCACCCAGUGCUAUUAAUAGAAAAGCAUCUCCACUCUUCAGGUCGGACUGUGAGCUCCUCCUCCUCGGGGCUCUCUCCUCGCAGACCCCAACUGGGUAACACCUUCAGUGCCACUCCGGCAUAGCCGGGCCGCGAAGCCUCUGCAAGGAAACCCCCAGCUCAAGGAGCACCGAGGAGCACCUGACAGACACCUUCCGGCUCCCUUGAGGGCACAUGGCGCAGCAGCUGCUUCCCCCUGCAAUCGCCCCUCAAAUCAGGAAACAGCUACGUGGGGAACAAGGCCCUGAAGUUCAGGGGCUGGGAUGGCAGCGUUGGACGAGAACAGCACUGUUUCCAGAGAGCCAAAUCCAGUCACUCCUUGUGCUUAGGUGAGCGCUUUUCCCACAGCCACCAAACAAACAAACAAACAAACAAAAUGCUUGGAAUAAAAUGUGCUCGCUUCAGUAA